GCAGCAGCGGCGGCUCUCGGGCUCCUCCCGUCACCCGCUCCUGCAGCGGGGGAAGGAGCCGGGCCGGUCACGGGGCCCGGCCGGGGUGGAGCAAACAACUUCUCAGGAGAAACCGAGGGCAGCGGGUGUUGGGCGAGGAAGUGUCGCGGUGCAGUCCCGGGGGCUCAAGCUGGGGAUUGGACAGUGAAUCUCCGUGGAGGCCCUGGUUAGUUAGCAGCGUGACCCCUGACACUGAACAAUGGGGAGACCCAGGAAAAACCCUGACAGCACAGCCUCACCUCGUCAGGCUGCAACUGUGCCCAAAGCCACCCCAGCAGCACCCCGUUCCUCUGCCGCCUCUACCCAGGCCAAGACAACACCCACAGCCAGCCGACCUAAGAGUGCUCAGGCUGCUGGGAGUUCAGGCACCAGCAGGGCACAGACAGACAAGCCAACCAGCAGCACCACUGCCAGAAGAGCCAGGCAAAGCUCUUCCCAAUCAAGGGCCACUGCAACACAUGGCAGUGAUCAAGGAGACACCGAGAUAAGCUACAGAGUGACAGCUAAGAACCCCACAGUAACUAGUGGAGGGAAACCUUGCUACACAACAGCUAAAGCACCUGCUGGUGCUGACCCCUGCCUGGGAGGGAGUCAAUCCAGCCGCUCUCGGGCCAGUACCACUGACCGGGGCAAAGCAAGCAAAUUUUCCUCCCUGCUGACAAGAGAAGAUGUGGUGAAAGUGGAGAGGGAAACCCGGGGCCAGAGGGAUAAUCCCAAGUGGUACGAGUGGCGGGAAAACCGAAUCACAGCCUCAGUCGCACCCAGGAUCGCUAACAGCAAGUUUGUCAAUGGCAAGAGCUCAGAGGUGCCCCAGUCUUAUCUCAAGGCUGUGGUGAGCUCCGGUUCCAAAAUGCAGACACCAGCCAUGUCCUGGGGCACCCGAAAUGAGAAAAAGGUAGUGCAGGCAUAUGAGGAGCUCCAGUCCAGGACAGGUAGGCCUGUGAAGGUGCAGGAGUGUGGCCUCUUCAUUCACCCAGGGAAGGAGUGGCUCGCAGCCAGCCCAGAUGGAAUUGUCAGAGAAGCGGAUACAGGGAAGCUACUGGGGCUGCUGGAGGUCAAGUGUCCCUAUAAGCACAGAGACAAGACAGUGAAAGAGGCCUGUAAGGACAAAGCCUUCUGCCUGGAAGUGGAUGGUGAGUCCUACUCCUUGAAAAGAAACCAUCCCUACUACACUCAGGUGCAGUGCCAGCUGGCAACAACAGGCUUUGACAGGGCUGACUUUGUGGUUCACACCAACAAAGAUACAGUCAUCACCUCAGUGGACUUUGAUGCAGGGUUCUGGGAGAGAACUGAGCCCAAGCUGGAGAAGUUCUACAUGGAGGCUGUGAUUCCCCACCUGGAUGAGAAGAGAAGCAACUCAGUUUGGGCUAAGGAAGAAUAAAGUAAUUGGGACAUCUGGCCACUACCCCACCAGGGACUUCUGUCUUCCAGAUGCCAUGAUAGAUUAAUGGACUAUCUCUAGUUCUGCCACAGCAGAACUAUGGAAGCUGGAACAUGAUACCUGCUGAGUCCUGGUCUACAUUUAAAAAUUAGAGCUAACUAGCUACAUUUGUUCCCUAAAUGCUUUAGUUAUGUCUGCCUAACCUCCAGUAUAGACAUGACUAGGUCUUCUAAUGAACUAGUUCCUACACUGAGCAGUAACUAUCUCCAGUACAGCUGCAGCACUGCUGCUGUAGUGGCUGUAAUGUAGACAUUGCUUGAGACUGGACUCUUCCUUCCUAUUUAGAUUGUAAGCUCCCUGAGGCAAGGAUUGUAUCUGCCUGUGUCUCCUACAGGAGUGGCAUUUAGUGCUCCGGGAUUGAACUGAUUGCCUGUCUGUGUAGAUGACGUCACCUUUCUCUCAACAGUUGCCCUCUUCCAAACUGCUUAUUCCAGUGCCUGGCACCUGCUGCAAAGUAUCCCAUCUCUGGGGAAAUAAGUUGGUCUGUCUGUGAAAUGGUCUAGUUCAGGGUUUAGAGAAGAAGGUGGGUGAGGUAAUCUCACCCAUCUUGUAUGUCUCAUAUCCUGGUGCCAACACAAUUACAACAAAACUGCAUAGUUCAAGGUUGUCUGAGGAGGGGGCAGGAUUCCAUUUAAUGGUCUGGGGUGUAAGUUCAGGACUAAACUUGAAUUUUAGUCCACCGAGGAAUCCUUGCUGCUGUCAAUGGCAGGUUUGCCAAGAUCAAACAAAAGGUAUGGACUUUAAUGGGUAACUGAACUUAUAAUUAUGGGCUGUAUUGUCAAUUCAGCAUCACUGAAAGGGAUAAUGUGUUCUGCUUUAGAUAGGCUGCUGUUUCUUCUCUUGCCAUCUUCCCUCAGAACCUCUUUCCCACAGUCUGUUAAAAUGAUCAGCAAUUAACUUGUUAACUGCUUACAUUUAAAGUGUUAGUAGGGUUUGGAAUCCCCCCCUUGCCCCAUGAUAAUGUGAACCAUGAGCACAGGCAUGUAACUGGUGCGAUUUGCCCCGUCCCUGAUGCCUGUCCCUUUUGUGGCAUGAGGGAGACCUUGGCUUGUGUGCACCAGGUUGCAGCCCCUUUUCUGGCUCCUCCUGGACCCACUUUUGCAUUUUCUCCCCGCACCUUCUCAUAUACACACGCCCCAUCCGUGGUCCCACAAAGUCGUGGGACCUCCUUGUCAACCUCCUAGCGAUGGUCAAAGUGGCCAUCUAUAUCGCCAGGGAGAGGAUGUUGGCUGAGGGGGUUCUCUGCGACUGUUCCAUUCUCUGAGGGGUCUUCAGCCGUGGGUGGGCUUAUGUCCACCCACUUCUCCCCAAACCCAAUAGGACCCCAUGAGAAUUUGGGGGAAGGGCUUGCAUCUCAGAGCUACUGUUUCAGGCUGUCUGCAGAUGCAGGAAGACAACAUUGCAUCCAUCAAUUAACCUUUCAAAUGUGAACCAAGUAUAACUACACAACCAUGAGAUUCCCCCGAGAUUUUUUUUUAAAUGAAAGCUUAUUUCUUCAAUAGCUGACUCUGCCAUGUGUGUCCCAGCAAUAGGUAGAGCAGCCUAUGGCUUUGAAAUCACUGUUUUGGUUCAUUUCAGUUGCUCCUAUUUUGGAAACUAAAGUGUCUAAAUAAAAUAUUCACUUUGGGUGAUUCU